AUGGAGGGAAUCACAGCUAGUGCUUACAAGGGUUUAAAGGAGUACUGGGAAAGAAAAGGAUACAAAAGAAUUAACGGAUCAACUCAUAGAAGAAGAACAAACAAGGUGGAACUUGGAGCUUCCCAAACCCGAAAAGCUCGGUUUUGGAGAUGGAAGAUCAAGCUAUCACCCAAGAUCCGUAUCAACAGAAUCCCUUCUCCCAAGAAACUCCUCAUACGCGUCAGAGACGCGUAUGUCAGAAUGAUGAUGGGUCUGGCCAACUCACGGAUCAUGACCGUGAGUGGCUCAGCCGGGGGAUUUGGUGGGGCUCUGUCUACCGGACCCACCGGUGAUAUUGGGUUCAAUAGAGCCCCACCGAAAGAAUACGAUGAGAAGAUGAUUAUUCAGAUCUAUAAAUCCAUUCUCAUGACGCAUGGAAAUUUAGAAGUUGCUUGCAGACAGUGA